AUGGCGGCAAGCGCGAGGGCGCAGAAGCCCGUCGGCUCAGCGCCAUGGAUUGCAGCAGAGAAGGAAAACAUGGCCGAGCUAGUGGAACAAGAAAUGGAAGAAGUGGAAUACCCUGUCCGACACGAAAUGGACUGGUUAAAUGAACAUAUGACCGAAAUCUUCUCCAAGGGCCAGGCGAACUUCGCGGACGUGUUUAAGACGCCCGGAAAGAUGAGAGGCAAGACGCCUCGAACCGCUCGGAAGCGUGUCCCCGACGAGUCUCGAGUGCCUUUGAGCGAAAUCUUCUCAUCUGCCCAGAAACAGUUGGAAAACCAAGCAAGCCCGAGCCCGUUCAUUCAUCGUGUUGUUUCUAAGCCCGCUCCCGUGGCGGCAUCGCCUGUGCCCCGCACCAAGAUCGCGACAGAGCAGGCUUCGCAACCUGAAUACCCCGAUCUCACCCAAAAUCUGAACUCCUUCCCAACAUAUAAUACCGACUCUGGCUAUCAUGGCAUGCCCGAUGAUGAUGAAAUGGUACUUCCUGACGUGCAACAAGAAUCACAGGCUUCAACUCAGCCUUCUACCCAACCUUUCGAACGGGACGAGCCCAUGAAGCUGGAUACUCAAGAGGUCGACAUUUCCGCUAGUCAGCAAACGAAUGAAGAAUCCUUCCAUUCUGCGCGGGAAGAGAUCCGCUCCCGCGGAGAGACCGUUGAGCCGAACAAGGACCCAACCCCAACCCAGGAGCGAACAGCACGUCCGGCCGCAUUGGUUCCCGAAGAAUCUGAACCCGAAAUCAUGUCGACUCCGACUAAGAAAACAAAAUCAAAGCCAGAUGUCAAAAUUUCGGGAAAGCGAGAUAAUGAGGAACCUGAACCAAAAGAGAGUGAUCCGGUUGUCUCCCAACCUGAGCCGUCUCCAGAAAAGGCCCCGGCAGCCCCAGUAUCCCCGGCAGCCCCAGUAUCCCCGGCAGCCCCAGUAUCCCCGGCAGCCCCACCUAUCGAGACACAAGAAUCUCACCUAAAUAACGAGAAUAUGGAAGAUAUCACGAAAGACGACACAAUUCUCGACAAUCUCGAUGAUAUCGGAUCUCCUUCGGAUGGUUCUACUCCAGAGCGACCAUUCGCUCGCAAAAGCAGCCUGAGCUUUGCUACCCUUCCUGCGCGGGAACCUUUGAAGUCUCGAACAAGUCAUAUUGACCUAGCUAAAAUGAGUACUGCUGGGCGUCCCAGUUACUUUGGCAGACAGACUGGCGGCCAUAGAAUUCCGCAAGCUGCGGCAGACGAUAAUGCCGGUUCCCGAGCGUUGGAAAUUGACAACGACAAAGAGCCAAGUGAAGAAGCGGAUCCUGACCAGGCUACCAGGAUGCACAGCAAAAAGUCUACACAGUCACUACAUGAUAGAAUCAGCAUGCUAGGCAAACUCCAGCCAUCCCGACCCAGAAAGUCAAUCCCGUCCGCUUCUGGGCUACCGGUUGGUCAGGUUCCCUACCCAGACCUUCCGGCUUCCAAGGUUGAAGCAAAGUCCGAUGCUUCCAGCGAAAGGGCACAUGAGGCCCCAGCUCCAGAGCCCAUGUCGGUGGACGAUGACUGGAUCAAGCCUCUGAGCUCUCCCCUAAAACCAGAGCUUUCCAAGAGCAAGACCACGGAUGUCAUGGAGAAGCUUGCUGAAUUCGAAAAGACUCAAGCAGUCAGUAAAAAAGAUGCAUUGCAAACAGAGCCCGAACGUCCCAAAUCAUCUACCUCGGUGUUCUCUUCACCUCGACCGCACAGUCACCAACAAAGCGCGUCUUUGUCUCAUGGUGGUGCUGAUGCUUCUACUACUCCAACCGGCUCGCCAAGACGCUUCGACGGUCAUAUCAGUGCUUCGAAGCUAAAACUACACUCCAUUAUGAAAUCCGCCAAAGGCCUAUUCUCAAGCACUGGCAACACACCACGGAUGGAACACUCGCCUGAGCAGGCACGCAUUCAGCCAAGUACUGACACAUUAACUAAACAUGCCAAGCAUCUAUCCCAGCCAGUCCCUAUCACCAGUCCUCAACGUCCAGAAGGCCGCCGGACACGGAGCUCAACAGAGAAAGAAGAGAGAAGGCGCCAGCAUGAACGGGAAGAGCAGGAGCGUGAGGAUCAAGAAGAAGAAGAACGUGUUGAGAAAGCUCGGGAACAAGAAAAGCAAAGAGUCCUCCAGCUGAAAGCCGCUCAGGAUAAUUCCUCGGUCGAGCCAGAAGAGAGGGCAGGCUCAGCGGUACACAAGACCUCCCAGUCACAGCGCCAACAAUCGCGCGAACCUGAAUCAGCUCAGGAGUCUACCUCGAGAUUUGCCAUCCCUCAACCGAAGCAAAAUGACCGCCGUCCUCUCAAACCCACUCGCGAGCCCAUGAAACGCCCCACGCCGCAACCCAUGUCAAUUCGUGUUGGCAGCACAAUGUCCCGUCAACAAAUCCCCGUUCCAUCGUCUUCGGGUGCUCAGGAGUCGGCUGUGGCCGCAGCCCCCCCUGCCCCUGCCUCAAAGCCAACUUUGAAAAAGAAGGGUAGCAAUACAUCCUUACAUACAUCAUCUUCUGCAAGCAGCUUUAAGAGCUCUGUUUCUAGCCAGACGCAGGCACAGCGCAAGGCUCAGGUCGCCAACGACCGCAAGAAGGAGCAAGAACGCGAGGCACGCCGGAAGGAAGAACAAAAGCGUGACCUAGAACGCAAGCGUGCUGCCCAACAGCAACAACAGGAAGAGGCCCGUCGGCAGGAGAUGAGGAGUCGUGCUGAAGCUGAACGGGAGCGCCAAGCUGAAAGAGAGCGUCAGGUCGAAAGGGAGCGUCAGGCCGAACGGGAGCGCCGUGAACGGUCGGCUCAGGAAGAUCCGCACAAAGCCGCCCGUAUGGAGGCAAUCAAGAAACGACAAGCAGAGAAUGCUCGGAAGCAUGGGAGGCAGGGCAGCCAGCAGAUAGUCAACGAGGGGCCAAUUCUACCGCAAGAGCCGUCUUAUUCUCAGUCUUCUCAGCGAAGUGACCUGGGUGGUUCCCGCCCUGCUUCUCGUUUGGGUAGCUCAAUUCAGCCAUUCGGUGGCCGCAGCAUCAACCCACCUGCGCCUAACCCUGCCAAGCCGCCAAAGAGAGGCAACGAUGAAACCAGCCACCGGCCUGCGCCGUCUAAACCUAGUAACGUGCAAUCAACUGGCGAGUUCAAACGGCGAAAGACAGAGGAUGAGCACAACCCUAUGCCGCCUGUGCGCACAAUGGCGCAGCCUAUCCGUCAAUCAAAUAUCAGAAAGCCUUCUACCCUUGGCCGUGGACAGUCUUCCAUGGCACCUCAAUCGGCCUCUUCCAGUUACCGAAAUGCCCAACCUCAGCGACCCGCUCACCCGAUAGUCACGUAUACGAACGGCAAGAUACCGUUUGCUGAACCAAAUCAUGCGCCUCCUCCACCAAGCGCCCACAAGCCUGCGCCCAGCUCCGCCCAGCGGCCACCAGCCAAACCAUCUCCCAAGUACCCUAGUGGUGAAAAUAUCCACUUGCCGGAGAUCAACACCGAUAGUGAAGAUGAUGAUGAUUCCGACUCCGAAAUGUUCCCUGUUCCCAAGUGGGCACAGGCGAAGGAGCUGGAGGGUCUUCUCCGGCAGCAGGAUGGGAUGGAAGUUGACUCGAUCUUCGGGCCAAUUGCACCGUUCUCUCUUGAGGAUACUUUCAAGGCGGAUAAGAAAGUCAAGAAAUACCGUGACCGCACCAGCAGUGCGAACUGGUCCGGACCCGAUGGCCUUACUCAAGAGGAGAUUCGGAAGGAUGUUGCCGAACGUCAGCGGUUGCGGCUCAAUGGCGGUUGGAGCUUCAACAGCUAG